CUCUUUCAGUCUAACCAGUAUUGUCACUGCUCUGAGAAUAUCUUGGAAAUGGUCAACAAAACCGAUGUCCUGAUAUGCGGCUCCGGCUCGGCCGGUAUAUUCGCCGGAACCUGGCUUGCACGCUAUGGCAUCCCCUUCACGAUGCUCGAGCGACGAGCCGGCCCCAUGGAAAUUGGCCAGGCGGACGGUGUUCAAUGCCGCACCGUCGAGAUCUACGAAUCGUUUGGCCUUUCGGAAGAAUUGCUCCGCGAUGGCUACCACAUCUUGGAAGUAUGUUUCUGGGGUGACGAUGGGAAUGGUGGCAUUGUAAGAAAAAGCAGAGCAAUGGAUACUGAGGUUGGAUUGAGCCAUAUGCCGCAUAUCAUUCUGAACCAGUCGAGAAUGAAUGGGUUGAUGCUGGGGAAGAUGGAUGAGCUUUGUGGUGGUGAAAAGAGAAUUGAGUAUGGGUGCGAGAUCAAGAAGGUGGAAGUUGAUGAAGCGCUGGUGGGGGAUCCACAGAGUUAUUGCUGCAAGGUUGUCGCAGAAAAAGAUGGGAAAGAAGAAACAUGGUUGGCGAAGUACGUUCUAGGCUGCGACGGUGCUCACAGCAUUGUACGCAAAAGCCUAGGCUAUGAGAUGGUCGGAGAUACUACCGACACAGUCUGGGGCGUCAUGGAUAUAUAUCCUCAGACCGACUUCCCGGAUAUACGCAGAAAAAGCACGUUGCAUUCAUCAUCUGGCAAUAUCCUAAUUAUUCCGCGUGAAGGCGGUUCACUCGUGCGCUUCUACCUCCAGUUACCUCCCGGCUCACGGGCGAAAGACGUCAAGCUAGAAGAUCUCCAAAGUACGGCAAAGAAGAUAUUCGCUCCGUACAAGAUAGACUUCGCCGAUACGUUCUGGUGGAGUGCAUAUAGCAUAGGCCAACGGAUAGCCAACAACUUCCACAAAGACCAUCGCGUCUUUCUGAUGGGCGAUGCAUGCCAUACACACUCACCCAAGGCAGGCCAAGGUAUGAACGUCUCUCUGCAGGACGGGUAUAAUCUUGGCUGGAAGCUAGCGUCUGUCCUUCUUGGUCUAUCACCGCAGUCGCUACUACGCACGUACGUACUCGAGCGGACCAAGACUGCCGCGGACCUAAUCGCCUUCGACCGAGUCUUCUCGAAGAAGUUUUCCUCGAAGGAGGAGCGGCCUGGCGAGUUCGCAGAGUACUUCAUCAAGAGCGGUCGGUAUACGGCUGGUUUCACAGCACAAUACGAUGACUCGGAAUUGACAGAUGCGAACGGCAGCAGACAAGAACUAGCAAAAGGGUGCCCAGUUGGUAUGCGCUUCCCGAGCGCUCAAGUUAUACGGUUUUGCGACUGUAAGGCGAUGCAGUUGCAGCGCGCGUUGCAGAGCAACGGGCGGUGGCGCGUUGUUAUAUUCGCUGGUGACAUAAACAACCCCGACCACAAGUUGAGGCUAGAAAAGCUUGCUCAAUUCCUCGAACCCCUCGCUCGUACCUUUACACCUGCCAGCGGAGAUAUUGACGAUCUCAUCGAGCCAAUUGUGGUCCUGAGGAGCAAGUUCCUAGAGACGCAGCAAGAGCAGAUACCCGGAUACUACUGGCCGGUCAGAGGGAAGUGGAAGAUACGAGAUCUUCACAAGGUAUAUAUAGACGACGGACACUACAACCAUGGGCACGGCCACGCUUACGAAAAGUAUGGUGUUGAUGGAGACAUCGGCGCAGUCGUCAUUGUUAGACCGGAUCAGCAUGUCUCAAAGGUCACAGCGUUGGACGACUUCAAUGGUGUCGAAGGCUUCUUCAGGGGUUGUUUCGUUGGAAACAAGACCUUGAACGGCAAGCUGUAG